AUGCAUCCCGACAAUGUUGCCACUGAACCGAUGCCUGUUCGCUUGAUCACACUUAAUAUCCGCUACGCCAUCAAGAAGAAGCUGUUGCCAAAUGAGCAGCCCUGGGAAGCCCGCUGCCCAAAGUUGACAUCUCAGCUGAGAUUCCAUACUGCCGGCCUCCCAAAUGCCUUCAUAUGCAUUCAAGAAGCGCAGAACCAACAACUUCACGACUUAGAAGCCGAAUUGGGCCCACGAUGGGCCAGCAUCGGUCGUGGUCGUGCUGAUGGGGUGUCCGACGGGGAGUUUUCGCCGGUGUUUUACCGGAUUGAUCACUGGACUGCAGAGCAGAGCGAGACGUACUGGCUCAGUCCCACACCGGAGAAACCUUCGAACGCAUGGGGCGCAACCAUCAAUCGCAUUGUCACGGUUGGCCUGUUCAAGCACAAGACCUCCGACGUUAGGAUCGUUGUGAUGAGCACGCACCUCGAUCACAAGAGCCAAGAAGCCAGGCGGGAGAGUGCUAAAUUGCUUCUUAAGAUUGCUGAAGACUGGCGCAAGGAUGCAUCAGAAAAUUGUGGAAAGGAUGUGCCAGUCUUCUUAGGCGGGGACUUCAAUAGCGGGCCGAAGGACGAGCCGCAUCAAAUUAUGACAGCCCAGCCCGGGGGCAUGAGAGAUAUACCGGACUUGGUCCCGGCUUAUAAGCACCAUGGGAAUAAGAUCACCUACACGACCUUUGGUGAGGCAGAACCGACGACGAUUGAUUAUCUCUUUGUGCUGAACCCCGAGUACAUCCGGUUUUGUAACUUUGCUGUUGUGUCAAACAGCUUUGACGAUGGUGUUUAUUACUCAGAUCAUCGACCUGUGAUAGCAGACAUGGAACUUCUGUCCUCGACAGACUAG